AUGCCGUCCGUCAUGCCUUCAUCACGCCUCUGGCGUUCGGGAGCUCUUCGCCCGGUUCGCCCCCGAUUUCAAUGUAUGUCAGUUCUUCAGCGUCAUGAGUUUUCGUCCUACGUUGUUACUCCUAAAGAAGUCGAUGACGCCCUGAGCAAAAAUGCUCCUACCGCAAUAUCUACCGCACCCAAAGUCAUCCCUAUCUGUGCGGCAUGGUUCAUGCCCAACGAUACCCAAAAAAGAACUGGCCUCGAGGCUUUCAGAAAGAAAAGAAUACCCACUGCACGUUUCUUCGACAUUGAUGAAAUAAAAGACCGAGAGUCGGAUUUCCCCCACAUGCUGCCGACCUGCGAUGUGUUCGCAGACGCCAUGGGCAAACUUGGAGUCAGGAAAGAGGACGAGUUGGUCAUCUAUGACACCGAAGAGCUUGGAUUAUUUUCCGCCCCUCGAGUCGCAUGGACAAUGCGGGUUUAUGGCCAUCCCAAGGUCCACGUGCUCAAUAACUUUCGCAUCUGGGUCAAAGAAGGUUAUCCUGUAGAGACCGGACCUCCAAAAGUGCCCAAUAUUACGAAAUAUCCUGUACCAAGUUACAACACCGACAUGGUGGUGAAGUUUGCCGAAAUGAAAACCAUCGGCUAUGAUUAUGGCAAAGAGGGCUCCGAAGAAAUCCAAAUACUCGAUGCCCGAUCCCAAGGUCGGUGGGAGGGCACUGAGCCAGAACCAAGACCUGGCUUGAAAUCAGGACAUAUGCCAGGUUCCAUGAAUCUUCCAUUUCAAGAACUUCUUGAUCCCGAAACCAAGGCCCUGUUACCUCGCGAAGAAUUGAAGAAAAUUUUUGAGUUAAAAAAGCUUGACUCAACAAAACCAUUCAUCGCCACUUGCGGUACUGGUGUGACGGCAGCAAUAAUUGAAGCUGCUCUCAAAGAGGCCGAAUUCGGAUCCGAUCAUGAUCGAAGGCUCUAUGACGGAAGCUGGACAGAAUGGGCAUCGAGAGUUUCCCCCACGAGCGGCUUGAUCAAGUCCAUCGGUCCCACUCGAUGA